CCUGCCGUGGGUUUGUUCCCCGGUCGGUAAAACUGGUCUCGCUGUCGUGCGCGAUCGCGCUGCCCGGUUCACAGUUCGUUUUGGCCACUGCAGUGACAAACAUCGCGUAAGCCUCUCUCAACACGGCAGCUCUAUUUAUUUUGAAAAGUAAAUUUCACAAACUACCAGCAUUAAUCUGCUGCUGCAAAGUGCUAAAAAAAGGAAAAUAAACCAGUUUGCAGCAUCGAAUUUGUGUGUCUGUGUGUGUGUGUGAGUGUCAGUGUCAAUGUGCACCGGUGUGCAAAUCUAUGCCAGCUAGUGAGUGCAUUCGAUGCUGCAUGUGUGAGAAGUGCAAGUGCAAACCUGAUCGAGAUCGCAAACCCAGAUCGACGCUAACGAGUGAGAAAAAGUGAAACCUCCCCACGGUGAAAUCCGUGAGCAAAGAUCAACCCGAGCAAGAGGAAAAAAGGAGCAACCGAAGAAAGUGAACCCAGCCCAGCAGCAGUCUUUGGCGCAUUGGUGGACGAGACAUUUCACUCAGCAAUAACGAUGUCGAUGGGACAAGCGUCGUGGAAAGCGCACGGGAUCAUCCUGGCGGCGCUGGUGAUCGGGCUCGCCAGUGGACAGCGCCAGGACCAGGAGGACCCGUGCAAAACCAAGUCGAAGGUGGUCGGUGACGUGACGUACUGCGAUCGGUACUGGGAGUGCAUCAACAACCAGCCGGAGCUGUACGACUGCCCGAACGGGCUCGUGUUCGCCGGCAAGCACCGGGGCGUCACGGAGGGCUGCGACUACCCGUGGCGUUCGAACUACUGCGACGGCAAGCAACUGGCAAACGGGCCAAUCUCGACGGAGCACUGCGAUUGGCUGUACGGCAUCUUUGGGCACGAGACGUCCUGCACGCGGUACUGGACCUGCUGGAACGGUACGGCGACGGAGCAGCUCUGCAUCGGUGGGCUGCUGUACAACGAGAACGCGCACAGCUGCGAUUGGCCCGAGAACGUUGAUGGAUGCCAGAAGCACCCACUCUGCAACGAGGAUGCGAAUGGCAACGUGCCGCUAGGCAAGUCCUGCAAUCGCUACUGGCAGUGUCAGGGUGGCUACCCGCGGCUGCAGCGCUGCCCCGCCAUGCUGGUGUUCGAUCGGCGCAGUCUGCGCUGUGUCGUGCCACCGACCGAGGACUGUGAUGUGCCAACGACCCCGCUGCCCUUGGAAUACGAACCAGAACAGCAGCAGCAGCAGCAGCAGGGCAAGGGAAAUCCAAACGCCAUUUACCAACCGUCCGGCGCCGGUGGACUGCAGGGUGGCAAAUUGCAAUCGGGAGGACGAAACAAGAACUAAACAAUCACUGUCAUGCCACCAACACAUGCACACACCCCAUACCCACACACACACACACACACACACACACACACACACACACACACACACACAAACACACACACACACACACACACACACACAAGUUGCGGCUGGUGGCCGAAAACCGAACGAUGAACUGCUUGCCUGGCCAUCCAUCCCACACCACCCGACUACAUUCCCGAGGGCACUGAUAACGUGCGAGCGUUGCGUGUGUUGCUUAUCUUCACUUCAACCAUCGCUCCCCGAUCAACGGUACCUCUUCUCCGCAAAACCCCGUUCUGAAUCCGGUUCCCGUUUGCAUCCCACCGCCGUCAGCAUUCCUGGGAACGUAUUCCGUUGCCUGGUUUCCGAAACGUUUCCGAAAUAGGGUGGAAAUUGGAUUGGAGUUUUUUUUUCUCGACGUCUUAUGGGUGGCGCAUCCCACCUUCACGCUACAUUGUAGCCGGCGAGAGGUGAGCAUUACUUCGCAGCCUGGAGAACAAACCUGCACGAUGUGGAUGCUGGUGAACGACAAACUGCAGGAAAAUGUCCCCAACUGUCACCGGCAGGAGGCUAGACGUGCGAACGAAAAUGGCGCACAAAUGAGCUCUAACGGCUAACUUAAUCAACUACGUCACCGUCACUCUGCUAGCCUGCUCGAAGCGAAGUUUAAUUCAUCCAAGCAACCCGUUGCCACAGUUUGGUCCUUCUUCCCCCGCACCCCAUAUUUCAUUGCUGACACUGUUCCAUCACCCUACACUGUUGUUCAUCCGUAGGUCCGAUCCGUGUACGAUGCGCGUGCGUUUCGGGCGCGAAGGUAACAAGCUUACCUUAUUUUAUUCCCAUUGUGUCACUAUUUAAGAUUGUGUAACGUACGUUUAAGCCGAGAACAGUGGAAACUAAAGCGUAAAUAAAAGUGUAGAAGUAAUCAAGGA